UCGGAAUCUAGUGGAGAGUUACUAAUCGAGUUUCUUUCCACGAGAUCGUUACACGAGUGUUGCGCGAAUUUACGUCAGAGCCGAGUCGAGUGAAAGCGGAGAAAGAGAAAUCUGUUAGUGGUCCAGCAAGAAAAAGUUCGAGCUACAGCAAGCCAACAGCGUUGAAAAUUCAUUCAACCGGGGUUACGAAUACUACGAAGAUUCCCUCAUUUAGUGAAGUGUGCAAGAAAGGUGCAUUAAGGAUUAAACCGCCAAACGAGCAAGCAUCCGAGGGGACACUGACUACAGAUAUGACUUGUUGCCAGAAACUGCAAUCUUACCACACACAGAUCACAAUGACCGACAGUGGAAAAUCGUCGUGGUGCGAAGAAAAGCGGUGCCGCCGAAGCACUAUCGCCUGCGGUAUGCUGCCGACUCUUCGAGAAUUGGCUUCCAGAGGAUGCAACACUCAAGGCAGCGUUUGUCUUGUACCUCUCAAUGUCAAGAUGGAUGCAGCGAGCCACCUUCAGAUGACACUGCUCGAGGCUUAUUGCCGGGAGAUCGGGAUCAAGGUGUUAAGUGUGUCCGAGGAGGUGAUACGAGAUCAUUUUUGCCCAGGAAGCACAGAUAUGUCAUGCGUCCUGAUUGCCAAGGAGGAUUCAUUAUUUUUGGAGUUACCGGAUUGAAACGGGAACGCUCAUCCUUGAAAAUUGAAAUAAGGAAAAAAAAUGGACUAUGCGCAGUCCUUUAUAAGUCGAAGCACUUUGCUAAGGAUUAUCUCUGUACUGAGGAGGUCUCUGCAACAAAGAGUGCAAGGAGGAAUACUGAUCUAGCAAUGUAUUUGGUGUAUCUUAUCAGCGAGGGUGUUGAUAAGCAACAUUAUAUGUUAAAAUAUAUAUUAAACGAGAUAUACCAGCCAUCUCGAUAUUAGGUCUGUUUUUUUUAGCUCUUUGAUUGCACUUCCUUUGAUUUCGAAUACUCUUUUUCUAUUUUUCUCAUUUCUCCUUUUUCUCUAAUAUAUACUCACCUUUGAAUGCAGGAAGUGUAAUACAAUGCGGCUGAAAAGAACGGAUUUAUUCUUGUUUCAACAAGCGAGUGAUAGUUGGAAUCACUUUGUUACUGAAUAAGAUAUAUUUAUUGAUGUAUGUACUUUUUAAUUAUGUAUACCAUUUGUUGUGAAGAACAAACAUAAUCUUUAUUAUGUAUACUUGGUAAAAAUCGACAGCUGAACCAUGUCGAAGAAAAAUGUAAACUUGUACCAUCGUUGAUAUGAUGAUUAAAUGAUAUUUUGACGAGA